AUGGGGAAGUGCGUGGACCCAUGCAAGGCGCAGGCGUGCGCCAUCCAGGACUGUCUCAAGAAACACGGGUUCGACGAGUCCAAGUGCACAGCACACAUCGACCGUUUGUACGCGUGCUGCAAACAGUUCUACGAGAGCGAGGGCAGGGACGCCCGGUCGCCGUGCUGCCCGACGCCCAAGUUGUUAAAGUUCAAGAUGGAGCAGCGGGCGGAGGAGCUGCUGGACGCCAGGCUUGUGCGCUGA